GUGGGAUUAUUUCCAUUGCACGUUGUUCAAGUAGCAGAAGAGAAAAUUCUCUCAAAAUGAAGGUAAAAAUAUUGUCCAGAAAUCCUGAAGAUCACAUUCGAGAGAGAAAAUCCGACAUCCACAAGCUACAUAGGAACCUUGACCCUAGUUUACAUCCAUUUGAAGCGCCGAGAGAGUACACGAGAGCGUUAAAUGCCACCAAAUUAGAGCGAGUGUUUGCUAAACCUUUUGUAGGUGCUUUGGAUGGACACACUGAUGGGGUGAACUGUCUUGCAAGACAUCCUAGGAGUCUGUCUGUGUUAUUAUCGGGUUCUUGUGAUGGAGAGAUCAAGUUGUGGCACCUACCCAAGAGAGAAUGCAUACAAACUUUAACAGCUCACACUGGUUUUGUCAGAGGACUCUGUGUUGCACCUAAAGGAGAUUCGUUUUUUUCGGUUGGAGAUGAGAAGGUAGUGAAGCAAUGGAGUAUGGACAAAUGUCUGGAGACUACAAACACUAACUUAGAACCAAUAAAUACAAUAAUAGGAAAGACAAUGUACACUGGUAUUGACCACAACUGGAAGAACGACACAUUCGCUACAUGUGGACAACAACUGGAUAUAUGGGAUGAAAGUAGAGCAGAUCCCAUUCGUACAUUCACAUGGGGUGUUGAUACCGUUCAUAGUGUGAAAUACAACCCUAUUGAGACAAAUAUCCUAGCCAGUACAGCAUCAGAUAGAAGUGUUGUCCUGUAUGACACCAGAGGCUCCUCACCUCUACGUAAACUCGUUAUGGCAAUGCGCUCAAACACUGUAGCCUGGAACCCCAUUGAGGCCUACAUCUUUACAGCAGCUAAUGAGGAUUCUAAUCUAUAUACCUAUGAUAUGCGCCGACUGGACCAGGCUGUUAAUGUUCAUAUGGACCAUGUAUCGGCAGUACUUGAUGUGGAUUAUGCUCCUACUGGACAGGAGUUUGUAUCUGGAAGCUUCGAUAAGAGUAUUAGGAUCUUUGAACGUCAUGGAGGUCAUAGCAGAGAGGUUUACCAUACUCGUCGUAUGCAAAGAGUGUUCUGUGUUCGGUUCAGUGCAGACUCAACGUAUGUUCUCUCAGGAAGUGAUGAAACUAACAUCAGAAUAUGGAAAGCCAAUGCAUCUCAGAAACUUGGAGCCCUUGCCCCGAGAGAAAAGGAAGCUUUUGCAUAUUCAGCACGUCUGAAAGAGCGUUUUAAACACCAUCCGAGAAUACGAAGAAUUCAAAGACACCGACAUGUUCCUAAGGCAAUUUACAAAGCUGCUCUUGAGAAGAGAAUCAUGUCUGAAUCACAAAAACGAAAGGAUGAAAAUCGUCGUCUUCACAGUAAACCAGGAACAGUUCCUCGCGUUGCUGAAAGAAAGAAACAAGUUGUCGCUGUUGUUAAGUAAAAUUCAUCAUAAAUCAAAACUAAUUUUAUCUAGUCCUACUUUUGAAUGUAUACAGUCAUUACUUUUUCCAAUAGCAAAUUAUAAAUUUUUUGUAAAACCA